GGGUCUGGGUCCGACAGCGGUGAGUCCAGCAGUUGAAACCACUGGGGCUAACAGUGAAUCAAGACUUCAGUGUUUUUUUUAGCCUCCCUUUGUUGGGAAACAGUACAGAGGAAAACGGGAAGCUAGGAUGUCUUUACAAAAGCUCCCAGGCUCUUUUGGAGCCAUGUUCCCAGCGUUCUCUCUGCCCAUUAAAGCGGAGCGCAGUCGGAAUAAGGAGCGGCUGGAGGCCAGCCUGGCCGGCCUGUGUGAGCUGGAGCUGCUCAAACAGAGGCAGGAAUGCCGGGUGCUGAGCGCUCUCUGCCUGGGGGACUCUCCGGCUCCCCGCCGUCCGCCGUGGGGAGCUCUACGCUCGGCACGCUGCGCCCUGGACGCAUCAAACGGCGACGCGUCGGAUGUCUACAGCCUCAGGCUCCAAACUUGCAGUCUCCAGUGUACACCCUGCGGUAUAAAGGCAUCUUUAGAACAGCAGGUGGCAGAGCUCAAGGCGAACACUGAGGUCCAAUCAACAGAUUCCCCUACAGAUCUAAAGGACAGCCAACUCAUUUCAGGAGAGGUCCUUGUAGCCAGGAAAAAUGGAUCUCUUGAAUCAAAUGACCACCUUUUGGUCCCUUGUUCCCUCUCAGCACCUGAAGAGACAGGGGAGACAGAGACGGGAGAUACAUGGCUGUCAGACCCAACAAGAUGGGCUACAGUUACUGAUGCUUUGGGUGAGAUGCGGGAUGUUGACCCCAGUCAGGAAGAAGAUCAACAUGCCCAAAAGCUUGAAACUUAUAUAUUUGGAUUGAUCCAACGUCGAGCUCUACCUACACGUUCCUCAAAGCCCCGCACCAGCCUGGCACAUGAUGCCCGAGCUGUCAAUGUGGUGAGGCAGAGUAGUUUAUGCCGCAAGGAGGAGCAGCGUUCUCCUAAGCAGGUGUAUGUUCAAGAGAUCUCUACUCCAUCCCAGUGUUCAGAGGGAACUGCUCCACAGGUUUGCCAUAACCUCAAUCAGGAGCCUUACCUGGGGUCAGGUUUUACUGAAGAUGUCCCACGCCAGUACCACCACAAUCUCCAGCAAGGUAUCCAGCAUCAACCAGGGCUUUAUUGCAGGCCCAGGCAGGCUCCCAUAAUUAACACCUCCUGCUCAACAUUGCUGGACUAUCCAUCUUGCAGAGUACUGCAAGCCCAACCAGACUCUAGCAAUAGUGAGUCUGAUUCACCCCAACAUUUCCACAACUACCCUUCACUUCCAGCUAUGUCAAAACCUCAUCAACCACUUACAAUUGAUGAGCAGCUGGUCAACGCAGAGUAUAUUCCAGCCCAGCCUUGCAGAGUCUCCGCCAGAGCUUAUGGCCAUCACCAGUCCAACCCCCACAAGGGCUCUGGGGUGCCCAAACCCAACCGAAGCACCUAUUCUCCAGAAAGAAGCCAUCAUCAAGAGCAGCAGCCCACAGCAUCUCAGAUCCAACCCUCCAGAUCCCGGGGGGGCCCAAAGAAAUGUCGCUCAAAUGAAGACAAAAAUGGGGCCAGCAGGAAGCCAGGGAAGAAGGCAUGUAGGUCUCAGUCAGAGAACAGCUUGCAAAGGCUUCCAGAACGCAAGUACAAUACAGUAGAGAGGGAUGGUGGAGGAAGUGGAAGCGGUGGAAGGGGAAGCCGCAGUAGUCAGUCCAGGAGCAAGAAACAACAGCAAGGGGGUAGCUGUCGCCGCUGGCAGUCCACCCUGGAGCUCAGUCAAGACGAGGCCGACCAGCCACCUAUGCAGGUACCCAUGCAAGGCUCUUCAGCUUCAAAUCAAAGGGACAGUUGUGCAAGGCGCACACGCAAAUCUCGCCCUACACAUGCAUCAUAUGCCUAUCAACACCAGUCCCACCAUCAUCAGCACAUGGAGUACCAGUUAGAGAGAGACCAAGUACCACUGCGUCAGUCUAGUGAGGACUACCCUCACCCACGUCUGGGUGAGUCUGAGUCCAGCAUGAGCGAGGCUGACUCUCCAGAUUCCAGCUCUUUGUCCAGUGAUUCAGAUGAGAGUGGUGGUCUGGUUUGGCCCCAACAACUACCCCCUCAACUUUCCCUUCCAUCACCUUCUGCCCCACCUGGGGCACCUCUGCAGCCCAAGGCUUUCAUCAAAAUUAAGGCCUCACAUGCCCUCAAGAAGAAGAUCCUACGCUUUCGCACUGGUUCACUGAAAGUAAUGACCACUGUAUAAAGUGGAACACUGGCCAAACUGAAAGAACAUGAACUGCAGAGCUUUGGUAUAUGAUGGACCACGAACUAUAGAGAAUAUAAAAAUCACUGUGUACAUUAAAGUUCUACGAUCUUGGUCGUCUGAAUGGAUUGGAUGGUUUUAGAAUAGCCUUAACAAGCAAUGAAGGGGCCUGUUUGGUAGUAUCUCCGGCUAUAAAGUAAAUGAUUCAAAAUCAUCACUAAUGCUGUUUAACGGAAAUGAAAGACAAUAUAUAAACCAAUACUUAUUUUGUUUCAAACUCUCAUCUAAUUUUACAUAAUUGGGCAUCAAAAUAUCACCUCAUUUAGAAACUAUAGCACCAACAAACUAUGAAGUAAUAAUAAACUCAGUGGAAGGUGAAUACGUUACCUAUAUCCAUGAUAGGGAGAAUAAAUAUAUAUAUAUAUAUAAUUAACAUAUUGUCUAAAUUCAUGUAUUUAUUGCAAAACAUCCCUUUCGCGCCACCUGCAGGAAUGUUUAAUAAACUCACAGCGCUCUUCAGGAAAUUUGUAUUAAAAAAGAAAUGUCCUUGAAUCUGCUUAUCUCUGCUGUAUCUUCCAUUUGAUACUGGGGGGCUGACAUUUUCAAAUCUUUAUUGGUACUAUUUAGCAACACAUUUGAGAACUAUAAUCUAUUUUUCUUCUGGAGAUGCUCUGUCAUGGAUGUGCACAGAGUCAUGCUCCUUUAAGGUACCAUUGCAUUUGUAUCUGUAUUCAGCUAAGGUAAAGUACAUAAAAACACAUACUGCUCACCCUAUAGUUCUUAAUAUGAUUCAUGUAUGGUACAGUAUGAGGUAGAGGUAUAUAUGAACAUGUAAACAAUGGAAAAUUGUAUGACAAAUUAAUAAAAACAUUGUUAUAAAAGCAGGCAAUGAAGGAAAUGACCAUCACCAUAUUAGCAGUUGUUUCAAAACUGGGAUGUAAAAUUAUUUGUGUUACAUUUUACUAAAAGCUUUAUAUGGAUGACUCAUGUUUUGUCAAUGGGUACCAUUUAUGGCUACAUUGGCCCCUAAAUAUUCCCACCCAUCUACAUGCACACACCUACUGAUAGAGUAUGUCAGUCCAUACUGGCAUUGUCUUUAAGGUCACGGUAAACUGUAUUUCAUGGUUUAAAUUUCCGACCGGGCACAGAUUAAUCCCCAAUGUACCUACCAUUGUAAGGUACUAAGGGGCCUCAUGCAAGACUAUUUUCGUAUUCUUAUCGUAAACUCUUCUUACUUUUGUGUGGCCUGUUCAUAGGGGUUUUCAAAGUCAGAUUCACCAAACUGUCUUAACCGCACAAAUUCUUUGUUUUAACCUGACAAAUGCCACCUGUUCAUGACUAGCUGUGUAUUUGUUGGAUUUUAUCAUGAGCAUAACCAACACUGCUAUGUAGAGAGACCUGUUCUUUAAAAAGUAUGUUUUGAAUGAAGCCUCCAUUUAAAAUGUUUUUCAUACCUUUCUUUAUCCUAUUUUAAGCCAAUUCUCCAACAGUUACACGUGCACAUUGGAAACUUAUGUUGAAAAAUAUUGUAGGCUACCAUGCUAAGGCAGGCCACAGUUUCCUUAUAUUUGGAAUGUGAAAUCCUCUUUUGUUGCUGAAUUGAUGCAUACCAGUUAUUUUUUGAUUUUUAUGAAAGAGAUAAUUUGCUGUUUUUAAUCCAGCUCUGUGUCACAGUAGUGUGGGCAGUGUGUGUCAGUGAACAGUGUUUGGCUUUCCUCUGUGGUGCCAGUGUUUUAAACACACUGCCCACACAAAGAUGACAGAGCUAGUUAAAAAUCAACAAAGUAUCCCUUACGUCAUGCUUUAAUAAAUAGUAAGAUAACUUAAGGCAAACCACGAAAAGCAAAUGUUUUCUACAUAUUUUCUUCAUAAACAUACAGCAAAUGUGUUGUGGGUGGAAGUAAAUGUAUCUGUUGGACAUGGGGAAAUGUGACCAAAGUAUAUAAAAGGAAUAGUUGUGAAGGAGUAGAUAGUUUUUACAGUACAACAUGCUUGCGAGACAUUUUGUCUGGAACAGUGAGAUAGUAAAUCUCACUGUAAAAAUAAUUGACUUUCAGCUGAAAAGAAGUAUGUGAAUCUUUGACAAAUUACUGUUCUAGCAAAGAACCGCAGUAGCAAGAUAUGAAUCGCCUUUAAAAUAUAUUGGAGAGAUCAAAUGUCUCACACCCAGUCAGAUAUUCUUAAAAGACCUUGUUUAAACUGUUAAGUAGCAAAUUACAGUUCCCAGUGUUUUAAUGUUAACAGUGGGCUACUGGCAGACUAAUAUAAAAGUGCCUGCCCAAAGAAUUUAACAAUACAAUGUCACUUUAAGUAUAUGACAGUAUUAUCAUUUAAAGUGCACUAGCCAACUAUAUGCUUUUUGUAUGAAAUGUAUAUGAGAAAAUGUAUUAAUGAA